GGAGGAGGGGGUGGAUGUGGGGGCCGGGGGCCCCUGGACGAGGCCCUGGUCAGCUUCCUAAGCUGGCAGCGGUCUGCUGAGGAGCGGCUCAUCUCCCUGGAGGAGGCACGGCUGGAGAGGGAGGCGCAGGCGGAGGAGAGGCGGGAGCAGAAGGAGGAGAGGAGGGCGGAGCAGGAGAGACAGCAUGAGCUCCGUCUGUUCAGCAUGUUCACUGGGGCCCUGGCCGCUGUUAGACAGACUGCCCCUACUGCUCCACCGUUUGCUCCUACUUUCUCUACUGACUCAACUGUACCCUCUGCCACUUCUGGACAUACCGCUAUACUUAACGCCCUAUCUGCCCCAGCUACUUCGUCUGUCCCAUUUGGCUGUCCUGCCCCAACUACAGAACCACCACCAUCCAUCCCAGCCCGUUGCCCCACUAAACCUGAGAGCAUACUGGCCACACUAAGUGGUGCAGAGACCCCUGGCCACAGUGUGUACCUGUCCCGCCGUGGCAACUCCAUUAGACAGCACCAGGGCAUUCUACAGGAGGGCUACACCCAGUACCACGCUGACAAAUACCAGCACACUGACAACCCCAAUGGCAUCAUCAACAUGGGCACCAGUGAGAACAAGCUGUGCUAUGAUCUGCUGCACAAACGGAUGACCCAGCCUGACAUGCUUCAUAUCGACCCAGCCUUGCUGCAGUAUCCUGACUGGAAAGGCCACCGCUUUCUGAGAGAAGAGGUGUCCAGGUUCCUGUCCCACUACUGUGGUUCGCCCAGGCCACUGAGAGCAGACAAUGUUGUGGUGAUGAAUGGCUGUGGCUCCCUCUUCUCAUCCAUAGCCGCAGUGCUUUGUGACCCGGAAGAUGCAAUCCUCAUUCCAACUCCAUUCUAUGGAGUGAUCACUGAGGAUAUGCAUCUGUACAGCGGUGUUCAGCUCUUCCAUGUUCAUCUCGACUGUGAGCCUAGUGGCAGUGGCAGUCGGCCGUUCCACCUCACUGUGGACAAACUGGAGGAAGCUAUGAGGAAGGCGAUUAGCGAGGGGUUGAAUGUGCGGGCCGUGGUCCUGGUGAACCCCCAUAACCCCCUGGCUGAUGUCUACUCCCCUCAAGAGAUGACUGGCUUUCUGGAGUUUGCCAAGAGGCAUAAGUUGCACGCCAUUGUAGAUGAGGUGUACAUGCUGACAGUGUUUGACGACACAGUAACCUUCCACAGCGUCCUCAGCAUGGACAGCCUGCCGGACCCCCAGAGAACACAUGUGAUGUGGGGGAUGAGCAAGGACUUUGCGAUGGCAGGAGUGCGUGUGGGCACUGUGUACUCUGAUAACAGGGACUUGGUGGAAGCUCUAGAUAAACUGGGGAUGUUCCAUGGUGUCCCUGGUCCCAUACAGCACCAGAUGGCAAUCCUGCUCCAGGACAAAGAUUGGAUCAAUGGGAAGUUUCUUCCAGAGAACAGGCUGAGAAUGCAGGCAGCUCACAGGUACAUGACAGGGGAGCUACAGAGCCUGGGAGUCCCCUACCUCCACCGGCCUGCUGGCUUCUACAUCUGGGCUGACCUCAGGAAGUACCUGUAUGAGCCGUCAUUUGUGGAGGAACUGUCCCUGUGGAGGUGUUUUCUCAGACACAAGGUGGUGCUGAGCUGUGGCCAAGCCUUCCAUUGCUCCACUCCCGGCUGGUUCCGCAUUGUCUUCACAGACCGACAGCAACACCUUACGCUCGGCAUGCAGAGGAUCAGGAGGGCCUUGGAGGAGAUAGAUGGGGUCACAUCCACCCUUGACACGGGCACAACCAACGAGGCCACAGAGGAGAAAGGGACAGAGAAGACAACACAGGGGGACACAACAGACGCACAACAACCUCUUGCUGUUAAGUCAACAUCCUUGUCCAAGAACAGAUCAUCAGAAGAGCCAGAGGAGAAGGAUAAUAACAUCCCUGAUUCCAUCCCAUUGGUCAGUGAAGAUUUGAUCUUGCUUGACUGCCAGACGUCCCACCCCACAGAAAGUCUGGACUCCCUGAUUGGUGCCCUGAGGCAACAGAUCCACACCUCUGAUUGGCUUGAGAAGAACACUCCGGAACUGUCUGCUGGGGAGGACCCAGAGCUUCUGGAUGUGUUCAAAGACCUGCUGGACAGAGCCAGAAAAUAGAGGAGAGGAUUGGAUGGAGAGGAAAGGAGUGGAUGGAGGGGAUGGAGAGGAAAGGAGGGGAUGGAGAGGAAAG